GAACAUCGAGCCCAUCGAUGAUUUUUUGGCCAUCAAGAUAUGCUUUCUUCUGCUGGAAGUGGUUCUGCAACCUGGCAACAGGUUACAGAAGGAGCCCGAGCAAGCCCUUCAGAUCCUAAACUUCCUGGAGAAGCCAAACGCUUUCCACAGCCUCCUGAAGCCGGAGCGCAAGCCUCUUGAAGCUCCGCGUCCCAUCGAAGAUGAGGAGGAGGUCGAGGGUGAACAAAUCAGGGAAGAGGAGGAGCCUGCCGAAGCUGUGGCUGCAGCCGCAGAUACCCAGCAGCCAGAGAAGCCGGAAGGGCCUCUACCAAGCUUGGUCUUUGGUGCCUGUCUUCAACGGCAUGGCCGUGCACCGGAUGCGAUCUCGCCCAUUGAGUUCAGAUUCACUUGCCUGACCUACAAGAUCCGUGUUCACAUCUUGUGCAGAAGCAUGAAGUCAGCCAAGAAGGAAUGCAAAAAUGCGAUGGAAAUCCUGGAGCACGAGCUUCAACACGUCCCGCUUUUUUGGAAGGAAUCGCAGAGCCAUGAAGCGAGAGGUCUUCUGCACAACCACGACAAGGCAAAGGUGACCUGCCUGAAGGCAUACCUCGAGUAUGCCAAGCAGAACCACAGAAAGGCAUUUCGCCUCCUCACGCUCUGCCGCUUCAACUUCGCACCCGCGAAACCUGGAGACAAGUCAGUGAACAAGCCAGGAGACGACGAGGUGGAGGACAACCAAGCGCCCACAGAUUUCCAUCCUGCCCAAGAUGAUGCUUGCUCUCCGCUGUUCUACAACAACAUGGGCUGUAUACACUUCAUGAUGCACAAGCCCAAUUUGGCGAUCUACUACUUCAACAAGGCGCUGUCGAAGUCGGCCCAGGCGCCCACUGGGGCCCGCGGACCUGCGGAAAAGGAGAGCUUGCUGCUGUCGGCCAAAGUCGGACUUACUCAGCCCGGCAUGGCGACCUCCAGGCACUGGCUGGACCGACGGGCGGAAAUCACCUUCAACUCCGGGCUCCAGUUCCUGAUGACUGGCCGGCCAGCGCAAGCCUACAAGUGCUUCAUGCAGUGCACUUUCGUCUUCAGGAACUGGCCGCGACUGUGGAUGCGCCUCGCGGAGUGUUGCAUCGAGCUGUACAGGCAGUCCCACAAAGCUGAACCAGAAGGCGGGUCGAAGCCUGGUGGAAUGCAAUCCUGGAACCGGGUGAAGCAGCCGAGCCCAAACGGCCCCCUCGCCAUGGGUGGGUCCAUCUGCACGUCCCUAGGAGGGCCGACUGCCCUUGGGUCGGGGAUGUCGCAGCUCGCCUGUGCUGCUCAAGGAUGCGGUCCCACCCGGCGACUUUCCUUGCUCGUUGACAAGACCAAUGUCGUGGGAAAGCUUGGAAGUGGCGAGGAUGUCGAGCAACGCACAGGGCCGGCCGGUGCUGCGCCUGUGCCGCAGGCGACGAAGGCCCCAGCCGCGGAGGGAGAUGUGCUGAAUGGUGAGGAUCCCUUGGUGACAGCGGCAAUGUGCCUCAAAAACGUCCUGACUCUGAUCGAUCCUAUGCUUCAGAGCGCGGCCCAGGCGGCCGAGACUGCAGAAGCCAAUGCUGCUGCGGCUGGCAAGGCUACUCCCUCACAGAAGGCAUCCGGCUCGGGAGCGCCGACGCCUUCCAAGAGCGCCACCGCCCGGGCCGAAGCGCUGCUCAUGGAGGACGCUGCGCUAUUGAAGUUGGCCUAUGUCUGCCUCUGCUGCUUGGACCAGAGUGCGCAGGAGGCACAACUAACUCUAGAGAAGGUGCGAGAGGGUAACGGACAGCAUGUGAGCGAAAGGCAGCAAGCUCGGAGCAUUAGUGAUUUACUACUACUCCUGCUGCUGCUGCUGCUGCUGCUGCUACUGCUGCUGCUACUGCUGCUACUACUACUACUCCUCCUCCUGCUACCAUUGCUGCUGCUGCUACUGUCACUGCUACUGCCACUAGCCACUGCUACUAGCUCCUGCUGCUGA